AUGACGUCGGAAUCCUCUACCCAAGCCCCCAGGCUGGCGACUCGCGAGGAGAUGCGGGAUGCCAAGCUCCCCAUCGCCUACCGUGACAGCUGCGCCCACCUCCUCAUUCCUCUGAACCGAUGCCGAUACGACACCUACUACCUGCCGUGGAAGUGCACAGACGAGAGGCACAGCUACGAAAAGUGCCAGUACGAAGAGUUCCAGAAGCGAGUCGCCAAGAUGGACGAGCUACGCGCGGCGAAGGGCGGUGCGAGGAGCAACUAG